CGCGUACCGCAGUCGGCUCAGCAGUUCGGCGGACAGUUCCAUGGUGCUGAAAGUAACUCCAGCGUUCCGGGGCGCCGCGUCUGUUGGGAACUUUGCCCCGGCCAUGUUCUCAGGGGUGCGGUGCAGCCUCGUGUUGGCCUCGUUCUUCUUUUUGAGAGGAUGCGCCCAGAAUUUCGGGCAGACCCGGUUUAUCUGCACCUCGGUGCCGUUGGAUACGGACAUGUGCACUUCUUCUAUGCAGAGCGGCGGCAGCACGGAAGACCUGAAGACCACCGUGCUACAGCUGCGGGAAACGGUGCUUCAGCAAAAGGAGACCAUCAUGAACCAAAAGGAAACCAUCAGGGAACUAACCACGAAGCUGGGCAGGUGUGAGAGCCAGAGCUCGCUGGACACGGUCCCCAGUGAAUCCAAAACGGGAGGGGGCUCCAACAGGAAGCAGACCGGCUCUUCGAAAAACACCAUGGGGGAUCUGUCCCGGACUCCGGCUGCCGAGACCUUGACCCAACUUGGGCAAACUUUGCAGUCGCUUAAAACAAGACUAGAAACCUUGGAGCAAUUCAGUAGGAUGAAUUCUUCCAGCCAGACCAAUUCCCUGAAGGAGAUACUCCAGAAUAACAUCGAUGACUUAGAGAAGCAAGUCCUGUCCCGAAUUAACAGCCUGGAAGAAGGCAAGUACAACCCCAAGAACGAGACUGAAGAAAGAGGAAAAAUAGAAAGCACUUUAACUUCCCUUCACCAAAGGAUCAGUGACCUAGAGAAAGGCCAGAAAGACAAUCGGCCAACAGAUAAGUUUCAGCUGACUUUCCCCUUGAGAACCAACUAUAUGUAUGCCAAGGUGAAGAAAAGCCUGCCAGAGAUGUACGCCUUUACUAUUUGCAUGUGGAUAAAAUCGAAUGCCUCCCCAGGUGUGGGCACACCCUUCUCUUAUGCAGUACCUGGACAAGCCAAUGAGCUAGUGCUUAUUGAGUGGGGAAAUAAUCCCAUGGAGAUCCUUAUCAAUGAUAAGGUAGCAAAGCUUCCUUUUGUCAUUAACGAUGGGAAAUGGCACCAUAUCUGCAUCACAUGGACAACCCGGGAUGGUGUCUGGGAGGCUUAUCAAGAUGGCACACAACGAGGCAAUGGGGAAAACCUGGCCCCUUAUCAUCCUAUCAAGCCACAAGGGGUCCUUGUUUUGGGACAGGAACAGGACACACUUGGAGGUGGAUUUGAUGCCACCCAGGCAUUUGUGGGAGAACUAGCCCACUUCAACAUCUGGGAUCGGAAGCUCACCCCAGGGGAGAUCUACAACCUGGCCACGUGCAGCACCAAAGCCCUGUCUGGUAGUGUCAUAGCCUGGUCCGAGACCAACAUUGAUAUUUAUGGUGGAGCCACCAAAUGGACAUUUGAAGCCUGUCGUCAGAUCAACUAAAAAAUGCUGCUCUUCCCCACCCUUCCCAUUCCAAAUCCAUUUAACCCUUGGUUAACAGACAUUCUCCUCACCCAGGAAUGAAUUAUGGACAAAUCUAUUUCCUUUCUCUCUUCUGUCUUUCUUUUAAAAAAUAUCUUCUUUGUUUGUUCUAAAGAAUCAAUCACAUUUUUUUUUAAUCUAGGAGACUUGGAGUUUUUCAGUCAACUCUAAGGCAACCUGGGACUUUGCAACCUUACAAUUUUGAAGAGAGGGUUCAUUGUCCCCCACCCCCACCCCUCUCUCCCACUCCCUCUUUUGUCCCUUUCUCCUUUGGAUCGAGACUUUAUUAUCUUUUUCCCAUUUUGCUUUAUGAAGUCUCAUCAUGAAUGGUCUGAUUUUUCUGGCUUGCCAACUUUGUUUCAAUGCCUGAGUGCCUUUGGGCUGGUGCGACUCUUUCAGCACAUUUGUCUUCAUUUGCAUAUACUUUUUAAAGGAUAUCUCUAUAUUCCUACUCUACUCUAUGUCUUUUAAGCAGCCAGUCACCUGUGGGCAGAUAUUUAUUUUUUAUUACGAAUUAUUCUCUGAGUGAUAGGACGAUAAACGCUUUUUGAGAGACGCAUGAUGGUGGCGUGACUAGGAGAUUUGAGGGGUGGUGGUGGUGGGGGUAGGACUGUUCUCUGAAAUUCUUCAGGUCCCUCAUUGCUCCCCCACCAAUUGUGUAAACCUCUGGCUAUGGCUGGAGCAAACAGAGCCAUCUUUGCCCCCCAAGGGUACAUGUGAGACUCAGGAGCAUUGCCAGCUCAAGGAUCCUAGACGACUUGUCCAGAUCCUUGGUCUUUUGUAGGAGCAGCUGGCUCCUACCUAUUUUAAUGGAGCUGCAGAGCAGCUCCCUUCCCUUGUCUGCCUUCAUUUUGCUGUACAGCCUAAAGGAUCUGCCUCUGUUAGCCAUCACAAAGCCUAUGCGUAGUCCAGAAAACCUUCCUUCCACAGGCAUUGAUUACUGCUUCUCCCAAAACUCUGUGACCCAAAGAUGGCAGAAAAUCACCCGGUCCAUCCCCUUACCUCUCCCUUCCUGGUUCCACAGCAGGCUCCUACUUGCCUUCCCCUCCAAAGGUAAUGCACCCUGGGCCUUUCCCCAGAAUACUUGGCUUGAAGAUGGGACUAUUUUCUUAUGACUUUAUGAGGCAUUCCCAAACCCUUACCAAUGCUCCUUUACUCUCACUAAGAGCCAUAAACCUGAAGGGCUGGGGUAGGGGGGAGUUUUAGUGGUAGUCGGAUGCAAAGCAUGUGGUUGCAGUCCGAUUUCCAUGGCCAUACCGCUGAGCUGAGAUUUUUGCCUUUUAAAUACAAAUUGGGUUCACUGCAGGUGGCAGGAUGUAUAGCGCAAGGAGCCUUGCCUGCCCUGUGCUUAUUGGACCCAAUGAGAUUUGAGGUAUACUUUACUUUCAUAAAGGUUCAUAGCUCUUCCUUUGUGAAAGGAAUAAGGAACUGCUUGAGAGAGGUUUUAAGCAAAUGUGUCAAGAAACUGAAUAAAGGGCAAAUCCUGGUAUUGCUCCAAAGCCCCAGGGAAUUAAGAAGAGGCUGUGACCUCGCCAUGCAUCUGUUUUGCCCAAUAACCAGAAACAGAGCCUGCACUAUGUUUUGUUUUUUUAAAAAAAGAACAGCACAAGGGAUACCUAACAGACUGUAUGUCGAGCCUUCAGAUAAACCUCUGCAAAAAGGCAAAAUGUGCGUUUCUUAUCGUGCUAUAGACGGAGCUGUUUGCAUCUUGAAGGGCACCAACUAUUUUAGGAGGC